ACACACCUUAGCACACAGCAGACGACCUCUCCUAUGACAGGAAAACUCUCCUAUCACCUUUUCCACCACUGAGUACAAACUACACACGGAGGAUAAUGUUACCUUGUUCAAAUGUUGUUGUGGUCUUUUUUCUUGUGCAAGUCCUCUGCAUUACUGCUGACAUAGACAGUGGCUCCUUCCUGAUAUUCAAUGAAAACCACAACAAGUGCAUUAAGGUGGAGACUGCCACCUCAGUAACUGUGGCUCCUUGUGAUCCUCAUGCCAAGCAGCAACAGUUUCGUUGGGCCUCCCAGUCACGCCUCCUCAGUCUGUCCCUCAAGCUCUGUCUGGGGGCCACAGAUCUGAAAGACUGGGUGAAGGUGGUCCUCUUUGAAUGUGAUGAGAGCAGUGAGCUACAGCACUGGCAGUGCAAGAAUGAGACUCUGUUUGGCAUAAAAGACCAGGACCUGCACUUAAACUGGGGCAACCGCGAUGAGAGGAACGUAAUGAUUUACACAGGCUCUAGCAUCUGGAGUCGCUGGAGGAUAUAUGGCACUAUCAGUGAUCUUUGUUCAAAGGGGUAUCAAGAGAUUUUCACAAUAGGCGGCAACACUUUUGGAGGCCCUUGUCAGUUCCCAUUUAAGUUUCAGGGGAACUGGUAUGCUGAAUGCACAAAGGAUGGUCGCGCAGAUGGGCAGCUGUGGUGUGCCACAGAGACAGAUUACGAUAAAGCAAAGAAGUGGGGCUUUUGUCCCACACAAGUUUCCUCAGACUGGGACACUGAUCCGGUCACAGGGGUUCAAUAUCAGAGGAACGUACAGUCAGCGCUGACCUGGCAUCAGUACUUUCACCACUGGUUAUACAACAAAGCAUUUAUCAGAUUUAACUCAUUGUUUAAUCAUCUUAAGGGCUCCAUCAGUUUUGGUUCAUAUUGUUACGACAUUGGAGCUGAAACAAAGACGUUUGAGGAGGCAAAGCGAGCAUGCUCAGAGGCGGGCGCUAACCUGGUGGAUGUCGCCGACAGAUAUGAGAACGCCUUCCUGGUCAGUUUGAUGGGUUUAAGACCAGAGAAGUAUUUCUGGACUGGUUUUUCUAACACAGAAGACAAAACCAUGUUCAAGUGGUCCACCAAUAGAAAGGUCACAUUCACUCAUUUCAAUGUGGGCAUGCCAGACAGAAAACAAGGAUGCGUUGCCAUGACAACUGGGAUUUUUGCUGGAUUAUGGGAUGUCAUCAGCUGUAGCAACAAGGAAAAGUAUAUCUGCAAGAAACUAGCAGAAGGUGCAGCCACAACGACAGCCCCACCCACCACCCUGGCUCUGAGCUGUGCAUCUGGGUGGACCCCAGCUGCCCAGAGGAACAUCUGCUACAAACUUUACAAGAAAAAUGCAGACCUUAAGAAGACUUGGCUUGAAGCACAAACCUUCUGCAGGACCAUCGGUGGGGACCUGAUGAGCAUACACAGUAUGCAGGACCUAAACAAUCCUCCGUUAUAUUCUUCUGAUUCAGCUUGGAUUGGCUUUUCCCUGGGUACAAAUCAAGGUUUUGUCUGGAGUGAUGGAUCACCUAGUGAUUUUGAGAACUGGGGCUUUGGGGAGCCAAAUAACUACAAUGACAAUGAACACUGUACAGAAGUUAACUUUAACUACCGACGGCGCUGGAACGACCGGCACUGCGAUGCCUACAAUAACUGGAUCUGCCAGAUAAGCAAAGGUGUGACUCCCAAACCUGAACCUGCAAUAACAGUAUACAACACCACAGAAGACGGCUGGCUCAUAUACAAUGACUCGCAUUAUUUCAUCAACGCUCAGGACCUACCUAUGGAAGCUGCCAGGGCCUACUGCAAAAAAAACUUUGCAGAACUUGUAGUCAUCACAGGGGACAGUGAGCGAAGAUUCCUCCGGAAACUGAUGGUGAAGGGUACAGAAAGUCAGUACUACAUUGGCAUGGUGGUGAAUUUGGAUAAGUCAUUUAGCUGGUUGGAUGGCAGCCCAGUAACUUACACUGCAUGGGAACAAAAUGAACCCAACUUUGCUAACAAUGAUGAAAAUUGUGUGACUAUAUACAAGAACAUGGGAUACUGGAAUGAUAUUAAUUGUGGUAUUGAGCUUCCCUCUAUUUGCAAAAGAAGCAGUAAUUUUAUCAAUACAACAAUGGCCCCUACCACUGUUCCUAAAGGAGGAUGUGCACCAGAGUGGCUGUCUUUCCAAGGAAAGUGCUACAAAAUUGUUGUGGGGCAUGAGAAUAAGAACUGGCAGGAUGCUAGAACUUACUGCAUAAACCAGGGAGGAAAUCUGGUUUCUAUUGCCAGCGAGACAGAGCAAGCAUUCCUAACACAGAUGUUGGGAUACAGUGAGGAUCUUUGGAUCGGCAUGAAUGACGUCAACUGGGAGAUGCACUUUGUGUGGACAGAUGGCAAAGGAAUUUCUUACACCAACUGGGCUAAAGGACACCCAGUAUCAGUGCCUGAUAGACAUUCAUUUGCUGAUGAGACAUAUGACUGUGUGAUCAUGGUGGGCAGCGUCUCCAAACUCACAGGAUUAUGGAAAGUGGAAGACUGUCAGUCAAAGAAAGGCUUCAUCUGUAAAAGAAACGUGGAUUCUCAGAUUGUAGUCGCACCCACCACUGUGUUACCAAAGGCUUUUUACAAACUUGGCAAUGACUCCUACAAACUGGUGGCCCAGAAGAUGAGAUGGGAUGAGGCAAGGAGGCAGUGCAAAGCAGAUGAUGCAGAUCUGGCCAGUAUCCUGAACCCCAUCACCCAGGCAUACAUCACCUUACGGAUUUCCAAGCACAAUGAGCCUGUAUGGAUUGGGCUCAACAGCAAUGUGACUGGUGGCCGGUUCAAGUGGGUUGAUAACUGGCUUCUGUCGUACACCAAAUGGGGUAGAGAUGAGCCUAAAAACAACUAUGGCUGUGUGUAUAUCGACGUAGACAGGACGUGGAAGACUGCACCAUGUACUAAUAACUACUAUUCCCUUUGCAAGAGGUCUCCAGAUGAGGUGCCCACUGAGCCCCCACAGCUUCCUGGCAACUGUCCAGAGCCAAAGAAACUAAUAACCUGGAUACCUUUCAGAGGCCAUUGUUAUGCCUUCCUCAGUUCAAAGGUGGACAACUGGGCCCAUGCCUCAGUUGAAUGCCUGAAAAUGAGUGCUUCCCUGGUGAGUAUUCAGGACCCUGAGGAGGGUAAGUUCAUACAACAGAAUCUGGAGAUUCUGCAGGACGAAGCCAAGUCCUUCUGGAUCGGCCUUUACAAGACACAUGAAGACAUAUGA